AUGAAGCAAGUAUGGAGCUGCCCACAGUGUCUUGACGGCACAUUUCCAACCGUCGGCUUUGACUUCAGUUCCAGCGCUUUUAUCUGCCACCUCUGCGGCACCCGUUUGGAGAGUCUUGAACUCACCGAAGACUCUGUCGACUCUUUCCCGUCACCUGAGAAUGCUGGAAGUGGUUACAAUGGUCAGCAUGCAGGACCUCCAAAUAUUCUGAACAGCAGAGGUUCUGGGUACAUCCUCCUUCCUCCAGGAUGGAAACACCACAUUAAGCUGAGAGCCUACCCUGGUCAAGCCAACCACAUCGCAUUGUGCGGAUGCGGGAGGUCCUACGGGAACAUGUCCAAUUCCGCCAACAGCAACCUCGUCAGGCACAUCAGGGAUGAAUUGGGGGCAUACCCUACCCCCUUUUGCGACACUUGUGGCAUGGUGUUCAAGGCUCCACGGUACUUGGACACACAUAAAAAGAGGUCGAGGAAACACUCCAAUGUGUCACAUCAUGGCUCUAACGACAUGAUAUCUCGCUCUGGCUCAAAAUACGAGUGUCCUCACUGCAAGAAAAAAUUUCCCACUCGGGAUGAGCUCUACGCUCAUCUGAACAACAAGCACAGACCCGAACUCCAAGGUGCUUCCCAUCGUGGUUGAGAAUGUCUAAUACGGCUCCUAGAGGUUGACAUUACGAGUCAUGACACAUGAGCGUGUUUUUCAUCUUGAGAAGGAUAUGUCUCAUAACGCGAGGAGGGUAAAUUGAGCUGAAACUGAUACUGCUAGGCUAUGGACUAGAUGACAUUGAUCAUGGAACUACACUACAUCAUUUCCAAAUUACGCCAGAUAAUGAACAUUCUUAAUCAGCAGACAACGAU